UUCAUCGUCAUCGCACUGUGCCAUUGUGAUCACGGGUAUUUUGCACAACAAAGAGACUAGGCCUGGUACACACCACACCCUAGUGAAAGCUCUGAAGUGUUACAUGAACCAAUGAACCCACAUACUUUAAAUAACAAUAGGCAAAACCUUGAAGCCAGUAAGCUCAAACCGUAUAGCAGAACACUGGUACACUGCAAGGGCAAUAUUGUUGGCGUUUGAACGAGCUGUUGCGUGCGUGUUGAAAAAUUUUGGGAUCACCAAAUUUCGUAUCUUCAUAAUUUCUGAUAGUGAAGCUUGUCUUGACUUCACCAAAUCUUCGUGUUAAAAGCUUGAAAAAACUUUCGUCAGCCACCAUGCAACUCUCAACCAAGAAAUGCAUCCUGACCUACUCUGGGGCAGUUAUGUUUGCCUUCGGCUUCACUCUUAUAUCGGUCGGGAAAGAUUAUUUCAACUUGCCUUAUAGUGCAUCGGCCAGUUAUGAUCCGCCGAAGGUUGUGCGGGCUAUCCCCCAUUGGUGUGGAGUACUGCUUAUACUGUUGGGUGCCAGGAACUUCACCUUUGGUCUUGCCCAGUGGAAAUAUGGAAUGAACUGCUGUGGUAAUGGCGCUUGUGAGGUCAUCUUCGUCAACUUUAUGUCUCUACUAGUCUCCCUUGCAGCCGUUGGUGUGUCGGUGUAUUCAUCCUAUUCAUACCUGACGCUCUUGUCGGUAGAUAAUGCUAUUUCUAAUCCUGGUCCGGAGUUUGUGCUGCUCAUCAGCAUGUGGUUCAUGGGACUGAUCAGCGCCAUCUUGUCGUUGCUAUCCAUGUGUGCAGGCUGCCUCCCUGUCGGAUCCACGGAAAUGGACGAGGAAGGGCUUGAAAUGCAGCAGUACGGGCAUGAUAACACACAGUUCAACAAGUACUAGAGGUUGAAGGAGGUUAUUAAAACGUCAUCGUAGCGCGCAGUACCCGGAGUAUAAAACAACACUGAAAAUGUAUCCAAACGUGCGUUGUGUAGCAAUACAUCUGCAUUUUUACAAUAAUUAUUGUUAGUUUAUUUUUGCCCCAUCCCAAGUCUUUAAAAGUGUUGCCCUCUUUUUGAGACUGCGCAAGCAUUGCUCUUAUUCGAAAGAUUUGCUUCGUGAAAGUGCGCAAUUUGUUACAUGCACAUGUUAAUGAAAACAAUAAUACCUUGAAAACACAUGGUUGGCAAGAAUGUUUAACUCUCUACAUGUGAUUUAUAUUCAUAGCUCCAAAUUCACAGAGCUGCUUAACAGUUUUCCUUUUUAGUAAUAACUAGCAGGAAACCAGUGACAAAUGGCACAUCCUUAUCCCUGUUCUGGCAGGUUAUAUGCUGAUUUUAUUUUGUUGGUGCUGAGCAAAUUUGUAUCUACUAAGUAAAAGUAAGCAGGAUACCAGUCACAAAUGGUACAAGUCAAAUGGUAGUUUGGGCUGGUUAUGUAAUUCUGCUAAUGUUUUGUGCUUGGUUAACCUUUGUGCCUACGCAGUUCUACUUAGACCCAAAUACUGCAUGAUUUUAUGUGUACAAAAUAAUUAUACUUUUGAGGUAAACACUUGCAUUACUCGUCAUUACCUUUUUAUCAAUGAGAGAAACUAUUUUUAUCACCAUUAUGUACAUUUUUGAACUGAGUAAUUACCAAGAAACGUGUGUCCCAUAAUAAAAAAACUCCCUUUCAAGAUGAAAAAAAGCAAAGAGGAUUAGAAAAGUAGGCCUACUUAAACGAAAUUGUUUCUAUUUUUUUCUCGCUCACGAUUUAUAAGUGAGGAUGUUAUAAUGUAAUUUGUAUUCAUAAUGAAAUACUAGGGAAAAUUAUAAAAUGAUGGUAUUUGUAUAUAAAGUGUAAACAAGUAGUGAUUUUUAGUCUUUUUAAUAAUGUUUCUUAGAUGUACUUGAUUUUCAAUACUUUUUAUACAAUGAUCAAAUUUGUUUUUCCUUUUUCCCCAAUCAUUUAUUUCUAGUUUUUUGUAAAUCAUAUACCAUUUCUUAGUAUUUAGUUUUGUAUUUAAAGUAAACGCUUCGUUAUUAAAUUGUGUAAGUUAUCAAGUAAUUUUUAUACAAACAUAUACAUGUAUAAUCGUUAAGGUGUAUGAUCUUUUUUUAGCUAUACAUGUACACUCUUGCAACUCAAGUUACAUCCUUUGGGGUCAAAGGUUACGCGUCAGCUUCCGGUUGAACUUGAACGUUACAAGAUUUUAGUCGUUGGAUUCAAAUCAAAGAAUCACUGUGACCCUAAAUGGAUUAACUUUGACUGACAGAAGGUUAAACUUUUCUUUAGUGCACAACUUCAGGGUGCUGUUUUUAAAAAGCAAAAAAAGUUUGUAUUUUUAUCAGGGUGUUUCUGGUACGUUAUAACAAAAAUGUGAAGAAAUAAAACAGUAACCAUUGCAGGUCAGUACA